UAUAUAUCACAUAUUCACAGACAGAUGUUGUAGACAACGCAUAUGCAGUGGAAUGGAUGCGAGACUUUGAAGCAUUCCAAGAUGCGUUGGACGCAGAGGGUUCAGGCGAAGGAAACACGUACGUGGGCAACUUGACGCGCUCUAUGGCGCUCGCCCUCGACCACUUUUACACGGAUCUGCGCUGCUGCGGCAUCAGUGCUCAUACUGGAGAUGGAAUCGAUGAAUUCUUUAAACUGGUGGAUGAAGCGGCUGAGGAGUAUGAAAGGGAAUAUAAAGCGGACUGGUUGAAGAUGCGAGAGGAAAAAUUGGCAGAACAAAAGAGGAAGGAGGCUGAAUUAAAACAGGAUAAACAAGUUGACAAAGACACUGUGAUAGACAAGAAGAAACUUAUUGAGGAAGUAGUGGGUGGGAGGGAGAUAAGCGAUAUGUACCUUAAACACCCCGCAAAUGAGAGUUCCAGUGAUGAAGAGGGCACGGAGGACCAGAAACCUGAGAUAGAUGACAAGCCAGAGGAUGUAUUAGCUUUUCAAGAAUUUAUCAGGAAACAUGUAAAACCCAAUCACAGUGAAAACAAUACUUAAAACAUUUUUUUUUCUUCAGUUUUUUCGGAUAAUAAAUAUGUAUUUUUA